GGAACUGACGAUACUACCCUCCGCUCGCCUACCUGCCGAUUUCCCCUCCCAAUCCCCGCACCCUACACCCUCACCAUCUCGCCGCCGUCCUCCUCCUCCUCCUCCCUCUCCAUCUCCACCCUCCUACCCCCUUCCCCCCGACGUCUCGCCAAGGUUCCGGCGGCGAUGGCGGCGAGGCUCGCGCAGCUGCGGACCAAGGCGGCGCAGGCGGCCGACUUCGCGUCCAAGCACGGCGGCGCAUACUACAAGGAGGCCAUGGAGAAGAACAAGCACUACGUCGCGCAGCCGCCCACCGUCGAGAAGUGCCAGGAGCUCUCCAAGCAGCUCUUCUACACGCGCCUCGCGAGUCUACCAGGCCGCUACGAAUCAUUCUGGAAGGAGCUUGAUUGUGUGAAGCAGGUAUGGAAGAACAGGAAGGACCUCAAGGUGGAAGACCUUGGAAUCGCGACAUUGUUUGGUGUUGAGCUUUAUGCAUGGUUCUGCGUAGGCGAGAUUGCUGGCAGAGGAUUCACCAUAACCGGCUAUAAGGUCUGAAUUAGAUCUCCUGGCUAAGACCUUGCCUUAUAAUACACCGUUAGCUGUUGCUUGUCGAAAUGACAAAGAUACCUGUCUUCUUUCACAAUUUUGUUUCUGAAAAGUUUCUAGUGCUGAAUGCCAGCAAGACGAGCACACCACUGUGACGGUGCCUCAAUAAUUUGCUCGCUCAAUUGUCCAUUUCUGUGUUCUGGAACUUGUUCCCAUGACACCUGCUGCAGCACCCUUGUGUUUCUGCUAUGAAAUGAGCCCAUUUCUUGUUGCCGAUGGAA